GAUGAAAAGGAAAAGGAACUUAUGCAUGCCUCAGAUACAAAAGAAGGCAGUCUUGGAUGGUCCAUGUGUGGAAAUGUGUAGAAACAGUGGUAGCAUGAUGGGUUCAAAAUCAUCAAGGUUACUAAUGGUACAUAAUCUGGUGUACAAAUGAACAAUGUAAUUUUAGUCACUUAAUUUUUUUCUUUGUCAUUUUCAUUGGAUUCACAAAUUCAGUGUUAACAUUGCAUCUAAUUUUUUUUUCUUGUCUUUUGUAGUCUCAAACCAUGAAUUAUGUGGGACAGCUGGCUGGGCAGGUGAUUGUCACUGUGAAGGAGCUCUACAAGGGUAUUAACCAAGCCACCUUGUCUGGGUGCAUCGAUGUCAUUGUGGUGCGGCAGCAGGAUGGCACCUAUCAGUGUUCACCUUUUCAUGUUCGGUUUGGGAAGCUGGGAGUCCUGAGAUCCAAAGAGAAAGUGAUUGAUAUAGAAAUCAAUGGUGAUGCUGUGGAUCUUCAUAUGAAAUUGGGUGACAAUGGAGAAGCUUUCUUUGUGGAGGAGACUGAAGAAGAAUAUGAAAAACUUCCUGCUUACCUUGCCACGUCACCAAUUCCGACCGAAGAUCAGUUCUUCAAAGAUACUGACUCCCCUUUGAUAAAAUCAGGUGGAAAUGAAAGGCCAUCUCAGAGCUCCAACAUCUCACACAUCUUGGAAACAGAGACAGUUUUUACCCCAAGUUCUGUGAAAAAGAAAAAACGAAGGAGAAAGAAAUGCAAACAGGACAGUAAGAAGGAAGACCAGGCAGCUUCCCCUGCUGCAGAAGACACUAUGGAUGUGGAUCUGAGCUCUGAUGAUGACAAGGGGGCCCAGUCAGCAAGAGGAUCUUCAAAUGCUUCCUUAAAGGAAGAAGAAUAUAAGGAGCCUCUGCUCUUCCAUUCUGGAGAUCACUACCCCUUAUCUGACGGAGAUUGGUCCCCUUUGGACAACCCAUAUUCCCCGGCAGCAUGUCCGAAGAGCGAUUCAGAGCUGGAGGUGAAACCUGCCGAGAGCCUGCUCAGAUCCGAGUCCCACAUGGAGUGGACGUGGGGCGGGUUCCCAGAGUCCACAAAGGUCAGCAAAAGAGAGAGAUCUGACCGUCAUCCUAGGACAGCUACAAUUACACCAUCAGAGAAUACCCAUUUUCGGGUAAUUCCCAGUGAGGACCACUUUAUAAGUGAAGUUGAGAAGGAUGCAUCUAUGGGAGAAACGGUCUGUACCAUAGUGAAACCCAAACCCAGAGCCCUGUGUAAGCAGAUGAGCGAUGCAACUUGUGCUACAGAACUUCUUGAGCCUCCCCUUGAGCCUCAGAUUUCAUCUAUGUUAGAUGCAGACCAACUUCCUAACCCGUCGUUAGUGGAGGCUCUCUCAGAAUCAAAGCCAGCUGCUAAAGUAGACUCGCCAUCAAAGAAGAAAGGUGUCCACAAGAGAAGCCAACACCAGGGACCUGAUGAUAUUUACCUCGAUGACUUAAAGGCUCUAGAACCUGAAGUUGCAGCUCUCUAUUUCCCUAAAAGUGAAUCAGACCCUGGCUCAAGGCAGUGGCCGGAGUCUGAUACGCUCUCUGGCUCCCAGUCCCCACAGUCUGUGGGAAGUGCCGCCGCUGAUAGCGGCACUGAGUGCCUCUCAGAUUCUGCCAUGGACUUGCCCGAUGUCACCCUCUCCCUAUGUGGGGGCCUCAGUGAGAAUGGAGAAAUUUCUAAAGAAAAAUUCAUGGAGCAUAUCAUUACUUAUCAUGAGUUUGCAGAAAACCCUGGACUUAUAGAUAAUCCUAACCUUGUAAUACGAAUAUAUAAUCGUUACUACAACUGGGCUUUGGCUGCUCCCAUGAUCCUUAGCUUGCAAGUGUUCCAGAAGAGUUUGCCUAAGGCCACAGUCGAGUCCUGGGUCAAAGAUAAGAUGCCAAAGAAAUCUGGUCGCUGGUGGUUUUGGCGUAAGAGAGAAAGCAUGACCAAACAGCUGCCAGAGGCCAAGGAAGGGAAAUCCGAGAUGCCACCCACAAGUGACCUGCCACCCAGUACAAAGGAGCCAGCCAGUGACAGGCCAGCAGAGGAUCACUCAUCCAGUGAUGAGGGGUCACAGGAGCUUGAAGAAUCAAUCAAAAUGGACCCCGUCCCCACGGAGCCACUCAGCCAUAGCACCACAACCUCGUAUAAGAAGUCUCUUCGCCUGUCCUCGGACCAGAUUGCAAAACUGAAGCUCCAAGAUGGCCCAAAUGAUGUCGUGUUUAGUAUUACAACCCAGUAUCAAGGUACCUGCCGCUGUGCAGGGACCAUUUACUUGUGGAACUGGAAUGACAAGAUCAUCAUUUCUGAUAUAGAUGGAACAAUAACCAAGUCUGAUGCUUUGGGACAGAUUCUUCCACAGCUGGGUAAAGACUGGACUCAUCAGGGUAUCGCAAAGCUCUACCACGCCAUCAAUGAGAAUGGCUACAAGUUUCUGUACUGCUCUGCUCGUGCCAUCGGCAUGGCCGACAUGACCCGUGGCUACCUGCACUGGGUCAAUGACAAGGGCACGAUCUUGCCUCGGGGCCCUCUGAUGCUGUCCCCCAGCAGCUUAUUCUCCGCCUUUCACAGGGAAGUGAUAGAAAAGAAACCAGAGAAAUUUAAAAUUGAGUGUCUAAAUGAUAUCAAGAAUCUGUUUGCCCCAUCUAAGCAGCCCUUCUAUGCUGCCUUUGGAAACCGUCCAAAUGAUGUCUAUGCUUACACACAAGUUGGAGUUCCAGACUGCAGAAUAUUCACCGUGAACCCCAAGGGUGAAUUAAUACAAGAAAGGACCAAAGGAAACAAGUCAUCGUAUCACAGACUGAGUGAGCUUGUGGAGCACGUGUUCCCACUUCUCAAUAAGGAACAGAAUUCUGCCUUUCCAUGCCCAGAGUUCAGCUCUUUCUGCUACUGGCGAGAUCCAAUCCCCGAAGUGGACCUGGAUGACCUGGCCUGAGACAGCCCCUCCGGGAGGUCCUGAGUCUCUCGCCUUGCUGCUAGGGAAGGUGACCGGCACUUCUGCUGGACAGAGGACACUGGGCUCCUCCCAGCCACAGAUGUGGAGCAAGACUCAUGUUGAAAGCUAGGCACCAGCAGGGACAAGGAGAGCUCCUGGAGCAGGAACUGCCAUCUCCUUCACCCUCCUGGGCUUGGCAGGGUUACAGCUCAGUGCCCCAGCAGGAGAAGUGAGGGCAGCUCAGACCCGGGGUCAGAGACCUGGGUUCCUGUCACUGGUUGCUUCUCACACAUACAGAAUGUCAAGUUGUAUGCUGGGUGCUCCUUUAAUUGCAUAAUUUAAAAGGAAGAAAACAGAAGCUAAAUAAGAGUGGACCAAACUAUUGCACAAAGUAAAGUUAAAAUUUCCACUAGGUAGUUCAAAGCGUUUCUGUGUAAAACCAGGGCUUUAUUAAGGGGAUCUGGGUCCACUGAACUGCUACAGGUCCCAUUUCUUCUGUGGGCUCCUCAUGCCCUGCUACACUGAAACGGGACAGCUAUUGGGGCAGGGGCCCAGGACCACUCAUCCCACCUCACAGACAUGGGCUCCUGGGGAGGAAAAACCCCUUAGAUCAUCGCUUUCUCAUCUGUGACUGCUCCAUGAUGGGAAACCCCUAAGUGAUGCCUUGAACCUAGCCAGAAGAAACAUUUUUGCAGGAUAUAUUUGAUGUCUGUAAGAACAGGACUAACAGUGGAAGUUGGUUAAACAGCAAAGAACAGCUCUGUUUCCAGGGAGGCCUUGGAAAUGCAGAUGUGCACUUGCAAUGGCUCCUGGGAAAAGGGCCCUUCUCUCCGUCCUGCCUGCCCCUCACUUUCUCAGCCUGGUUGUAAUGAGCUCAUGUCAGAAUCCGAGCAGACAGCAUCGGGAAGGCUCCUGUCCCAGGAAGCUGAGAGCCUGGAGAGAUCAGGUUGGGUGUUGACAAUCAACUCACUACUAAAAUCAAGAGAACUGUUGAAGAGGAGGCCAUCAGGGACCAAAGAUGGCCAGAGCCUCUCAGUGAGGAAGCAGUGAGCCAAGUUAUAGAGCAGAGUGGGAGCUUCAGGUAUAGGCACCGCCCCUCUCAGGAUGGUUUCCAUUUCCACCUCUGCUUUCCCCUGUGCUUGUAUUGGGGGGGUUCUCCUUGUUUUAUUACUCCACCCCAAAAUAAUGCUGAUGUAAAGAUGGAAAAAUGGGGGAGGUUAUUUUUCCAGAUUGGAGAGUUGAAAGUCCCUGAUGUAGCUCAUUUUUCCUAAUGCGGUUGGAUACAGAGACGAUGGUCAAGGCCCUUGAACGCGGUUCUCAGUGGCAGAACCUGAAGGCAAAUGUUCCCAGAGGGGAAAUAGCACACACUUCCUCCAGUAAAAACCUUCCCACUUAAAUAGGUCAAGGUCUAAUUGUUUAAUGAAUUUCUUUAUGUACAGUAGGUUAGGAAAACUAGGUUAUGUUUAUAUGAAGAUCUGCCCAGUUAGUGAAUUAAAUUCCUAGUAGAGUGGCCGUGCAGUUACUUGAUCUCAUAGAUGCCAUCAGUGUGUCCUCGACUGUGUUUGCUUUAGAAGAACAUGAGCUUUAUGCACUUAACCUGAACCUAGUUGGGCCUCUUUGCGUAUGUGCAGUAUAAAAAAUCUUAAUAUACAUCUUCUGUAGUCCUUUUUAGGUUGUCCUUUAAAGAGUUUUUAACUAGAUAGUUUCUUUCUCUCUGGACACAUGGGCCUUCUACAAGGUUCAACGUGGGAACCCGGGUCUCCCACCCUGUGUUGAGGGCAGCUGAUCCCUCUGUCCUGGUGUCCAUAAGCACUAGACUUUGUUGCUGUAGAUUGAUCCAGUGGAUACAUACACUAAUUAACAUGAGUCUUUUUCCUUAAGGGAAGGAGUCCCUCUUGCUGAAAAGUAGAUGAUUACUAUGACUAUAGUGUGAUGAAAGUAUUAAGUUUGUGCUGAAAACCCAUUGCCAUUUGGUACAAAUGACGUGUGUUCUUUCUGUGAAAGAGAGAUGCCCUCGAGUGUGUUUCUACACAGACCCUUACAAUGGUGAGUGAAUGAAGAAGCAUUAGCCUUGCACUGCUUUCAGUGAUGGAUGGUAUCUCGGGGUGAUUGCAGGCAGAUUGGGCUCUUCUAAGUGAUUCUUUCAGUUGCUUCACUUGUGAAACAGCCAUCACCCCUCUUCCUCUUUCCAAUUCAGCCUGACUUGAGUAUCUGCCUUGAUGUGCGCGUAUUGAAGCUUAUAGGGCUGUGACGUCGACAUCUGCAUCUUCCAGGGUUAGGAAGUGCAUGUGUGGGCCCGCAGCAUGCCCGGUAGCCUGCGUGUGAGUCCUGUGUUUGCUGUGCUUAAUACAUCCCCAUAGUUUUCAACUGGAAAAAAAAAAAUUGUCCUAAGAUGAAAGCUGCUAACAGCCACAGGGAGAACAGCUGAGGAACAACAGCUAGUAAAUGACUGGAAGUACUUGUGCUCCAUGAGACCGCACAUGGCCCUUCCACAGUGUGUUCCUGAAGGUGCAGGCAGGACCUUUUAAAGGUAGGUAAGAAGUCAGCUCUUCCUCUUCGCAUGUUGGUGAAAACAGACUUUUCCAGGGAAUUUUAACAUCUUUUCAGUAUCAUCAUGUUUACUCUAGGAAGCCUUGUUUUCCUGUUUUAGAGCAUGCUGGGUUUAAUGUAACUAGUUUAAAAUUGAGUUUUUGUUCCAGUAAGUGCUCUUUCCAGAUGAAAACUAUGUCUUUGGUUUGAAGGUAAGAAAGGGCAGGGGGAAACUUUGUUCUUUUAAUAAUUACACUUUAUGAUGAAGUAUUUGAUUUUUAGACAGCAGUGCCACUAAUAAGUUUUAAGUUGUCAGAAAUUAAUUGUAAACAUCAGUCCAGUACUCAGUUAUGGCAAAGACCAUUGUCUUAAGAUAAAUGGCUCCUAUUUUGGUGCAGUGUUUGAUGUUCAAAACAAAACGUUACAACAAUAAACAGGCGUAAACUGAA